CUGUGGGAGUGGUUACACACUAUAUCAACACUGAACCUUACUCCUUUCAUACUUUCAGUUGUCUUUCUCUGCAACAAGUGUAAGCAGGUCUCCAGCAUGACGCUGCUCUCAGAUCAGCCGUUUACACAGAUAAACGACACCCAGGCUGUGUUUAAAUAUAAACCCGUGGACUUCCUCUUCACUUGUCUGGGUCUGGUGUUCCUGGUGCUCGACAUUGUUCUGGAUAUCCUUGCAGUUGUGAGUUUUUACCAGGAAGAGGAGUACGUGAGCCUCGGCGUCCUGCUGCUGUUCCUGCUGGGCUCCUCGGUGCUCGGCCAGCUCUACAGUUGGCUGUGGUACAGCUACGGGGACUUUAGCAGGGACACCAAGGUGGAGAGAUGCCUGAGUCUGUGGCAGCUCCACCUUCUUCAUGUGCUCCAGCUGGGAAUCUACUUCAGGCAUGCAGGCGUCGUGGAGGUUUCUGUCCACAGCUUCGUCACAAAGACCCAGGACCCCGAGAAUGUCGCGGUGUUCCUGAGCCACGACCUCAGCAUGCUGCGGCUCUUUGAGGCGUUUUCGGAGAGCAGCCCUCAGCUCGUGCUCAUGCUCACCAUCAUUCUGCAGCGGGGUCAGCUGGACCCGGUGACAGUGCUGAAGGCCAUCGGCUCAGCCGCAGCCAUCGCCAUCAGUGUGACCAUGUACCACCGCUCCCUGCGCUCCUUCCUGCCCGACAAGAUGGACCAGCGGCUGAUCUCCUCAGUGGUCUACUUCAUCUGGAACCUGCUCUGCAUCGCGUCUCGCGUCGUCGCCCUCGCCCUCUUCGCCUCUGUGCUGCCCUGCUUCAUCUUCAGCCACUUCUUUUGCUCCUGGCUGGUUUUAUUCUUCUUCGUCUGGAGAUCCAAGACCAGCUUCAUGGAUACCCCCGGUGCAGAAUGGCUUUACCGAGCCACUGUGGGCCUCAUUUGGUAUUUCAACUGGUUUAAUGUGGCGGAGGGGAGCACCAGGACCAGGAUGCUGCUCUACCACGGGUACAAAGUGGCGGAUAUUUCCCUCCUCUGCGGCCUGUGGUGCUGGAAGAUAACCACAGAACCAUCUCAUGGUGGAAUAACCCUCUCUUAUGCUCUAAUCACUGCUGUCAGUGUCGUGUCGGUUUACGGCCUUGGCCUCUUAUUUACAAUAAUAUAUUACAAGCGCUAUCACCCAAACCUCGACAGAGAGCAGAUGACAGGUGUCACGGCUGGGAUGACCCAAAAUGGAGAUGAGGCAGCUGUGGGUGAAUCACCUUCUGGUGACGAGGUGGACUUUAUGCUGAAGGACACGGUCUCAGGUGCUUCAUAUGACGACAUUCCUCAGAACCUCACCUUGAAGGGGUUAUUAGUUACAGACGUUACAGAUCGCAGCGCGCCCAGCCCACCACCACCGCGGAGCGUUGGCCGCUGCAAUAACAGAAUGAGGAAGAUGGCGGAGAACUUCUACUCCUGACCAGCUGUCACUUGACAGCCACACAGGACGUGAGGUUGGGAAGGGACACGAGUCAUGCAGGCCGUCUGUCAACACGCCACUGAGUUCACAGGACUUUGACCGGCUCAUUAACCACACAGUCAAACUCAUGAGCCACUACUGAGGUUCCAUUGUGGUUACGGUUUAUCAUUAUCAUUAUUAUUAUUAAUAAAACAAUACUUGUUUACAUUACGUGGGAACAGUUAUUGGCUGCUGUAAUUAUUCCUCCUGCUCAUUUGCUCUGGAGUUGAACAGAUCUUAUUCUAAAUGUUUAAUUUUAAGGGACUGUAAGAAAAUGAAUGUGUCGCAGAAGUUUAGCUGAAUUUUGUUGUUCACUUGUUAGAAAAGCAAGGUCCUCCUCAGGUUUAUUCACUAUUUCAUUGGACCCUUAGUUUCACUUUGCGAAAAAUAAAGAAUAAGAUAACA